CAGGUGUCACAGCUUUACUUGGGACCUGACUGAAAACGUCAGGGAAAGUCCACCUAAAGCCACACCUGAGAAGAAACUACAAAAAGCCAUCAUUCUGAGUUGGUUCACUGCUUCAGCUUUCACGCCGUUUCUGUCCUUCCUUUGAAGACUACACAGGCAUGGAAAAAUACAAGCCUCUGCUCUGCAUCGUCUUUAUGACUUUGUCUUGGGGAUGUAUUAGGGUCUUUGCUCAGAAUACUACGGAUGGUUUGAGCACUACGCCAGCAGGAAUGCCUUUACCUGUUUCCAGUGACAUUGUUACAACUUCUACCAAAAAUUCUGCAAAGACUACAAUCCACAGUGUGACAACAGGUAUAGCUCAAAGAAUGACAGCAAGUUCAACCCAAAGUGUGGCAGCAGGUACAACCCAGAGUGUGGCUGCAGGUACAAUACAGAGCAUGGCAGCGGGAACAACCAAGAGCGUGGCAUCGGGUACAACCCAGAGCGUGGCAGCGGGUACAAGCCAGAAAGUGGAAGCGGGUACAACCCAGAGCGUGGCAGCGGGAACAACCGAGAGCGUGGCAGAGGGUACAAGCCAGAAAGUGGAAGGGGGUACAACCCAGAGCGUGGCAGCGGGAACAACAAAGAGCGUGGCAUCGGGUACAACCCAGAGCGUGGCAGAGGGUACAAGCCAGAAAGUGGAAGGGGGUACAACCCAGAGCGUGGCACCGGGUACAACCCAGAGCGUGGCAUCGGGUACAACCCAGAGCUUGGCAGCGGGUACAACCCAGAGUGUGGUAGCAGGUACAACCCAGAGUGGGCCAGCAGGUACAACCCAGAGCAUGGUAGGAGGUACCAGCCAGAGUGUGGGUGCAAGUAAAACCCAGAGCGUGGCAUCGGGUACAACCCAGAGUGUGGCUGCAGGUACAACACUGAGCAUGGCAGCACAUACAACCCAGAGUUUUACGAUGUCUGCAACUCAGAGCGUGGCCGCAGGAACAACCCAAAGCAUGACAAUAUCUACAAUACCAAGCAUGGCACAAACAACCCAAAGCUUGACAAUAUCUGCUAUCCCAAGCGUGGCAAAAACAACCCAAAGCGUGACAAUGUCUGCAACUCGAUACGUGGAACCAGGUACAACCCAAAGCCUGGUUGCGGGUACAAGCCAGACCGUUACAAUGGCUGCAACCCAGAGCAUGGCAGGAGGUCUAACCCAGAGCACGACAAACAAUUCAACGCAGACUGUGGCAGCAGGUCCAACCCACAACACCCUGGCAGGGAACAACUCAACAUAUCAGCCCACCACAACAACAGCUCCCCCUGUGUCACCAAACGUCACUGUGGAAACUCUUCCAGGGAAUGUUUCCAGAAAUGAGUGUGGAAAGACACAACUGUGUGCAGCAGAGCCCCCAGAAUGUGACCCAUCCAAAGACAAAUCCUGCUUUUUUCUUGGUGCCCAGCAGAAGAACGGUCAAAACUUUAACUUUGCACUCUCAGGACAGACUGAUGGUUAUAUUGCAGCAACUGUGUCAAAUAAUGCCAAUGGGAAGGCAGUUACCUAUAUCUGUGCCAACGAAAACAAGGAAGUACGAUUUCUUACCGCCAUCUUGGAAAAUGACGUGCUAAUAUUUAGAAAUCUCAGCGUAAACUCUGUGAAGGGCAAGGUCAACGGCAGAACAAUCCAGUGCACAUUCUUGGCUACAGUACCAGACCCUCUUGUUUCUGGAACUUCUAGAGCACGCAGAGCUACAGGCAUCGCCCUUUCCGUCUCAACCGGAUCAUACAACGCUACUUCCAGUAGUGUGGGAACUCCAACCCCAGUAAUUUCCACAAAGGUUGACAGCCUGACAGACAUUAAUGCUACUCUUGUCAAUGAGAUCUCCCCAAACACAACAGCUUCAACAGAAGGAAACACAACAGCUUUUCCUAUAAUUACCAGCUCUGCUGCAGCAGUUCCACCUCUACUGACUGCUGUGUCUAACAGUGGCUGCGGUUCUGAAAAACUCUGUGCAGCUGAGCCCUCAUCAUGCAACCCCGCUGUUGAAGGCACCUGCUCCUUUUUGUCUGCCAAGCAUAAGAGUGGUCAGAUCUUUUCCUUUGAGCUUUCAGGACGGUCAAGUGGUUACAUCGGCUCUGUCUUUUCUCCUACCACUAUUCAGGGUAAUAACGACUCAACCUAUGUGUGCGCCAACAACAAUGGUACUGUUAAAUUCAUCACUGCCGUCCUCAACGAUAACACAUUGACAGAGAAAUCGCUGAACGUUACCUCUGGCUCUGUGAGGGGAACUAUUACUGGAGAUAAAAUCCAGUGUAUAUUUGAGGCCACACUUCCGGACACCUCUAAACGAGCAGCAGGUUAUUCAGUGUCAAUAUUAAGUGGAACUUUCAACUUCAGUUCUGGAGCUUUAGGAACUCCUGAAACCCUUUUGAAAACCAAUGUGGUAAACCUGACCGACCCUACCGCAAAUGUCACCAGCCUUUCCAACAUCAACGGUACAAAUUCUGGAGUGGUGCCACACCACCAACCUUUAAUACAAGCUCUGCUAGUUCCUGUUGGCGUCUUGGCUCUCACCAUCCUAGGACACUGAUUCAAUCACUUCUCAUCUAUUAACAAUUGCCAGUGAAUGUACAUUUUUGAAGCCAAUUCCCACAAGAGUAUUCCUUGUAGAUUUACUUUCAAAUCCAUGAUGCAGUUUUCUGAAUUAUUUUACAAGUGUAAAAUGGUGUAACAGUAGAAAACAAUGAAGAAGAGUUCAACGUCUUGUAUGCAAGUAUUUAAAUGCAUGAAUGUUGUAUCUCUGCUCCUUCAAAGAGGUGUAUGGGUCUUUAAAACCCCAUAAUUGGAGUUUACAAAAAGCUUUACCACUGUUAGUAAUACAUUUAUGUGCUUUUGACAUGAAAAAGUAUUUUUUGUAAAGCCUGAUAACUUGAUAACUAACCCUGGAAAUGUAACCUUAUGUCUGCUGAGAGGGUGUUGCUAAUACCGGUAAAUCAUUUGAGAUUUGGUCACUGAGACAGCUCAAAAUUAGGAUGUUAACAACAACCAAUGAAAGUUAGUGUAAUGGCUUCAAUAUUUUAACACAUAAACACUGAAAGCAUGUGUAGCUGCACAGUGAACAAGUGUGGGGGACAAAUAAUUGUAAUAUUAAGUUUAACAGGUUACCCUACCAUUUUGCUCAAAUGAUGAAAACAUAUUUAUUUAAAAAAAACUCUUCUACUCUGAGGCUUCUGCAAAUAAAGGAAAUGUUGUUGUCAAAUCUC